AUGGGUGGAGAAGACCAGGAUUCCACUGUCAUCCAUUCCUCCAUUGCUCUCCUUCAAGAGAGGUUCAGGCAGCUGCAGAGAGUGAAAGAAAUGAGAGAGGAAAGAGAGCUGAUGAGAAUGCUCGCCGAACCAAAUAAACAUCUCAAUCUCCAUCCUCCACCCAUGCCUUCUGAGCAGCCAUCGAAGUUAUUUUUCCACUCUGAGCUCAUCAUCCCACCAAGAUCACCUCCCCAAGCUUCUCUCUCUAUUUCGCCUCCAUCUCAGAGCAGACGUGCAGAUUACCCUGUCCGCGACACCCCACUCCUCGUGAAUUCAUGGCGCCACACAGAUGAUCAUAGAUCCUCUGUGAAUGAAUUCAACGACUCUGAUUCUGAUCACUCUAAAGUUGAUACUUCUCUUCAUCUGUAA